UGUCAGCUAUCAUUAUUCCUUACUUUAAAGUUAAUUGCUGAUGAAAGUUUUCCCUUGAUGACCCUUCUUAUUGCUUUUAGACACUGAUAAAACAGAAUGCAGAGGAAGAACUUCACUGAUGUGACAGAAUUUAUCUUCUUGGGAUUCUCUAGCUUUGGAAAACAUCAAAUAACCCUCUUUGUGGUUUUCCUAACCAUCUACAUUUUAACUCUGGCUGGCAACAUCAUCAUCGUGACGAUCACGUACAUGGACCAUCAUCUCCACACUCCCAUGUACUUUUUUCUGAGCAUGUUGGCAAGUUCAGAGACUGUGUACACACUGGUUAUUGUCCCAAGAAUGCUUUCUAGUCUGAUUUUUCACAAUCUUCCCAUAUCUUUGGCAGGUUGUACAACCCAAAUGUUCUUUUUUGUCACCCUGGCCACCACCAACAGUUUUCUGCUCACAGCAAUGGGUUAUGACCGUUAUGUGGCCAUUUGUGAUCCCCUGAGAUAUAUGGUCAUCAUGAGCAAAGGAAUGUGUGCCUGGUUGGUUUGUGGAUCUUUGGGAGCUGGUCUGGUUAUGGCAGUUCUCCAUGUGCCAGCCAUGUUCAAUUUGCCCUUCUGUGGCACAGUGGUGGAACACUUUUUCUGUGACAUAUACCCAGUAAUGAAACUUUCUUGUGUUGAUACCACUCUCAAUGAGAUAAUAAACUAUGGUGUAAGUUCAUUUGUGAUUUUUGUGUCCAUAGGGCUGAUAUCCAUCUCCUAUGUCCUCAUCAUCUCUUCUAUCCUUAAAAUUGCCUCAGCUGAAGGCCGGAAGAAAACCUUCGCUACCUGUGCCUCUCAUCUCACUGUGGUCAUUGUCCAUUAUGGCUGUGCCUCGAUUGCCUAUCUCAAGCCCAAGUCAGAAAGUUCAGUAGAAAAAGAUCUUCUUCUCUCUGUGACAUACAUCAUCAUCACUCCCCUGCUGAACCCUGUUGUCUACAGUCUCAGGAACAAAGAGGUCAAGGAUGCUCUGUGCAGAGCUGUGGGCAGGAAUGCUUCUUAGCAGAUUUGAACUUUUUUGUCAGGAAAUCUUCAGCCCAGUAUGUCUACUCCUCAAUAAGCCACGAUCCACAUGCUCAUC